AUGCAGGAUAAGGAGAAGGAUUGCAAAUUCUUUGAAUGGAUAGAUCCUCCAUUACCAAACAACUGGUACAAACAGAUGCUAUAUGAUUUUCACAAUCAAGGAAUUCAUGGAUUCAAUGAUGAAGAAUUUGAAGACUUUAUGGAUGAAGAUGUGGAAGAAGUAGUACAACAGAUUCCUCUGCAAGUGGAAGGUGGAAUCGUUGUUAAGGGAUGGAAGAUUUGGUGUUUGGUUAGUUUAAUUGCAAUUGUUUGGCUAAUGUUAUGUAAUUUUGGGGUGCUUACUUAUGUUUCUAUGUAA